AUGGCGUUCUCCCAGGAGGAGUGGGGAUGCCUGAACCACACUCAGCGGGAACUGUACAGGGAUGUGAUGUUAGAGAACUACGGACACCUCCUCUUCCUGGGUUUCAUUGUGUGGAAUCAUCUGGUCAUUGUGUCGACAGAUCUGGUCAUCUUUGUGGAACAAAAGAAUGCACAUUGGGAUGUGAAGACAGUAGCCAUCCAGUUGGUUUGCACUGACGAGGAGGGCGCUCACCUCUGUGUAGUUGAUACAGUUGACUUCUGGGAGCGAGACUUUCCCAUCGGUCAGCCCGCCAUCCCGCAGGCACUGCUGACAUUCAGGGAUGUGGCCAUAGAGUUCUCCCAGGAGGAGUGGGGAUGCCUGACCCACACUCAGCGGCAACUGUACAGGGAUGUGAUGUUAGAGAACUACGGACACCUCCUCUUCCUGGGUCUCGUUCUGUCAAAGCCAGACCUGAUGAUGUUUUUGGAGCAAGAGAAGCAGCUCUGGGACGUGAAGAGAAAGGAGACUGUGGCCUUCCAUCCAGCUGUAUCUUCACAUGACACCCAGAAUUUCCUGCUAAAGCCAAGCAUAGAAGGUUCUUUCCAAAAAAGUCUCCCUUUGGGAGAUAAUCCUCAUAAAUAUAAUAAAUGUGGGAAAGCUCUUAACCAGUCCUCCAGUGUUGGUGAUCAUCAGAGAAUUCAUGAGGCUAAAAACCCAUUCAGAUGCAAUAAACCAGGGACUAUGUUUAGUCAGUCAUCAAGGCUAAAUAUAAAUAAGAUAAUCCCUGAGGGUGAGAAAACUUACAUUUUUAAGGAAUGUGGUAAAUCCGUUGACUGCCGCUCAAAACCAUCUCAACAUCAGCAAAUGCAUACUGGAGAGAAAAUACACAAAUGUGAAGAAUGUGGUACAACCCUUAAAGACUGUUCAUCAAUAAAUGGACAUAGGCAAAUUCAUACUGCAGAGAAACUUUACAAAUGUAAAGAAUGUGGGAAAGCCUCUACAUUGUGCUCAACCCUUCCUGGGCAUCACCAAAUUUGUACUGGGGAGAAACCGUAUAAAUGUCAAGAUUGUGGCAAGGCCUUUAACCAUCACUCAAGUCUUAAUAGACAUCACCGAAUUCAUACUGGAGAGAAACCUUACGAAUGUAAAGAAUGUUCCAAAGCUUUUCGGUCAUGCUCAGAACUUACUCAACAUCAACGAAUUCAUACUGGAGAGAAACCUUACCGAUGUAAAGAAUGUGGCAAGGCCUUUAACUGGCCCUCACAGCUUACUCGACAUCACCGAAUUCAUACUGGAGAGAAACCUUACCAAUGUAAAGAAUGUGGCAAGGCCUUUAAUUGUCCUUCAUACCUUACUCAGCAUCACCAAAUUCAUACUGGAGAGAAACCUUACCAAUGUAAACAAUGUGGCAAGUCCUUUAACAGGCUCUCAACCCUUACUCGACAUCACUUAACUCAUACUGGUGGAGAGAAACCUUAUAAAUGUCAAGAAUGUGGAAAGACCUUUAAAAGUCAAUCAUACCUCACUCAACAUCACAGAAUUCAUACUGGAGAGAAACCUUAUAAAUGUCAAGAAUGUGGCAAGGCCUUUAACAGUCUCUCAGACCUUGUCCGACAUCACAGAAUUCAUUCUGGAGAGAAACCUUACAAAUGUCAAGAAUGUGGCAAGGCCUUUACCCAGAGCUCAAGGCUUACUCAACAUCACAGAAGUCAUACUGGAGAGAAACCUUACAAAUGUCCAGAAUGUGGCAAGACCUUUUACAGACACUCAGUCCUUACUAAACAUCAUAAAAUUCAUAGUAGGUAG